CAGUCGCCAGUCGGCCAGUCGCCUUGCUGAGUCAAUCAAUAGCACGCCGGUUGUUCCAUAUCUAUUCUUUAGUCGACACCCCGACCUCGAAUCUGUCCCGCAUCCAUGGGACUGCUCCUGAAAACAUCACCAAAUGACGAUUCUAACAAGGAUCUCCGAGUAUAGCUCGAUUUACAGAGCUAAUAUUCGUAGGUGGCAUGCGAUCGUCCUGAUCGUGGUCCUUUUCUUCUUGGCGACUACUGCACAUAUCUCCCGGCCAUUUUCGACAUUCGGCACACCUAUCGGGAGCGUCCAUACUACCCCAAUCAAUUGGCAAGACGUGCGAACCUACAAUGAGGAGCAAUGCAAGCUAUUGUUUCCCCGGCUCUUUCGUCAAGCCGAUCUGGCCAGAGACUGGUACCUCGAAAAUGGAGGAAUCAGUAGGGAUGCUGUUGAUGCUGCCGAAAAGGACGGUAAUGCUCGAGUGAUUAUACAUGACAAUAAGUUAUACGUCAAGAAGUUUGCCGGGGGAUGGCACUCUCGAACACAAGCAGUCCUAGCGGCUCUUCAUGAUACCAUCCUGACGUCUCCAGAACCUCUACCGAACGUCGACAUGGUCAUGCAGACGGGAGAUAUGAGUGAUGGCGACCUCCCACUAUUCGCUCUAUCCAGACGAGAAGGCAAUGACAAGCUAUGGCUUAUGCCUGAUUUCGGCCUGUAUUCAUGGCCUGAAGCACUGGGUCCUAAAGCUUCCUCUUGGUUCGAAGUUAGACAGGAUACACUGGAACACGAACAUCGGUUAGCGGCAAAACAGACAAGCCAUGAGGAUGAGGCACAGAGCGAAGAUGUCAUCAUCGGGGCAGGGUCGUCGCACACUGAACCGCAAAGCUGGUCGAACAAGAUACCCAAGCUGUUAUGGCGAGGCGUCCCCAUGACUGAAAUCCGAAAGGACCUCUUGGCGGCUACGAAAGAUCAGCCUUGGGCGGACGUCUCCGAGAUACAUUGGAACGACAUGCAAAACACGCCCUUCCUCUCUCCGGCUGAGCACUGUGACUACAAGUAUCUCGCACAAGUUGAGGGCAACUCUUAUUCUGGCCGAUUGAAAAAUCUUUUGCAGUGCCGUUCGGUGAUCGUGACCCAUCCAUUGACAUGGGUUCAGCAUUUCCACCAUCUGUUCGAUACAAAUAUCACCUCGCCGGCCCGAAACAUGGUGGAAGUGCCGUUAUCCCUUGAACGACAUCUGGCAAAGGCCAUCGAGCACCUUCAGGAUCAUGAUGAGGUGGCGAGACGGAUUGCUAGUAACUCGUGGCAGUUGUUCCAGCGAUACCUAUCGCCCGCUGCCAACGAUUGCUACUACCGAUAUGCUCUACGCGCCUACGCUUCGGUACAAACAUUUCAACCGACGAUCAACGAGACAGCCGUCGCAUACGAAUCAUUCCUUCUCAAAGGAUCUACUCGAUGGGAACAAGGCUGACCGACGGGUCUCGCGGCCAAAGCAUCAUCAACAAGAUUACCGGAUCGAAUAAGGUCGAACUCGGUCUGUAGACAGGAGAAGUGAUGGGAACGACAUUUAAUUGUACAUUGAUCGGCGAUCAACCAGCAAAUGACCAGGAUAUCAUUACGCAAGCGC